UCAGGUGGGUGUAAAAACAAAAUUCCCACCCGACCGGCCUCAAGUUUUUCUCUUUUGUUUUUCUUUCCCCGAAUCUGCUCUGUCCUGUCUUUCUUCUCUCUUCUGCGUCUUUAUCUCUGCCCGACGUCUUCACACGGAAAUACCCAUCCCACCCCAUAUACUUGUGUCAUCCCCCACCUCCGGCCGGCCCAAAUCCCUUCCAUCGGCAAACUCGGGAGAGCUUUCUGGAGUUGGGAGCUACCCACCCUAGGUUCCGCACUCUAAAAGAAACUAAGGUCGGAGGAGUCUUACGUCAGUUAUCGGGCUCUCAGUUGGUACUGAGACAAACACAACGGGGAAGUUGUGUCAUCUUUUAAAUUUUGGGAUAUUAGCCUGGGAGCCCCAAAAUGGACAAUAUGGUAGAUUCUCUGAACAAUGCAUAUCAGGAGUUUGUUGUUGCAGCAGCUAAUGUACUUGAAGCCAAGGAGAUUUCUAGUGCUCAGAAAACAGCAGCCACAGAUGCUGCUCUAGAAAAUUUUAAGCAGAGGUGGGAGUUGUUCAGAGUGGCUUGUGACCAAGCGGAGGAGUUUGUGGAGUCUGUGAAGCAAAGGAUAGGAUCAGAGUGCCUCGUGGAUGAAGCAACUGGCUCACUGGGUGGGAAGCCUGGGCAGGCUGCUACUACUGGUCUUCCACCCAUUAGUGCAGUCCGUUUGGAACAGAUGAGUAAGGCCGUCCGAUGGCUUGUGAUUGAACUACAGCAUAGUUCUGGAACUGGUGCUUCCCAUUCCCAUCCUCCUGCUCCUUUUGAUGCUAGGUUCUCUGAAGAUGCAACUCAAUAGAGAGUGCUGGGGAAAUAAACUAUCAAAGCACAUGGGGGAAGCAUGGCCUGGGGAUUUUAUUUUUCGGUGAUCUGUUUUGCAAAGACUGAGGAUUCAAGAUUACAAGGGUGCACCAUUAAGGCUCUUUUAUUUACAGUUGCCGGCAAAUUUAUCGGAGAGCUGGAAAACUGUGGGCAAGACUAGCAGUCUUGUGGAAAUGACAAGUUCACAUAUGCAUGGGAGUCUUUAUUUUCUAUGGAGUUUUAACCCUGCUUUCCGAUUUAAUGUGUUUUGGUGUGUAAAACGAUGCUGUAUUCUUCAAUUUGUGGUUAUAUGUACCUUUUGAUUUUUGGCCA